UGUGUUCUGAAACUUCACGCAGAAACAUCGUGCGUUCGAAAUAAUAGUGUAAUUCAAACUUAUGCGAAGUUAUGAUUGCGUAAAAUUAUUGAAGUGGAACUAUCAAAGUGCAGUGUUAAUAGUUUUUCGUUUCCCCUUCUUUAUAACUGAGCAACGAACUUUCUCAAACUUUACCUUUCGGUCCAAAAUAGUGACUUAUCAACACAUUAUAUCGUUCUCAUAUCGUAUUAGUAUUCGUGGACCAAGUGACUAUUUAAUAGACUAGUGUACAUAUUCUAGAAUAUUCAGUGUUUAGUGUAGUGUACAUAUUGACAUAUCUACUUGCCUUCAACAUACAACGACGUUAAUUCUAUCGAUUUAUAAUAUCAGAUCAAGAUGUCGGUGCCGACGACUGACAGCACCGAGGCCAUAACCAACUCCGGGUACGGCAGCAGCGAUGAAACCGCCAGCCUGCUCGUCUCCGGGCCGUCCGUCACCGUCAUCGUGCCCACAGAGAACAGAACCGUCAAACCCGUACUACAAAGACAAGACUGCACCACCCAUCUCCGACCGCAACUAUCUGGCGGGCCGGGGAGCGAGGAGAGCGCCGCGUCCGUCCGAAUCGAGGAAGGAACGACGCGGAGCGUGCCCGACAUCGAGCUGCAAUGUAGAGAGACCGCCGACAGGCCACAGUCGCUCAUGUCCCCCAUCGCCACCUGUUCGCACCGGGGGUCGGUCACGUGCCAGCUAGUUCCGCAGCCAUACGCGAGAUGUCGCGUCUGCGAGCGGCGGCAGUCCACGGCGCCGGUGUCCGCGAUACAACUAGCGCGCUCUGUAUCUCGCGAGAGCGUUCGCUCGGCCGUGCACUACCCCUGCGGGUGUAACUCGCUCCACGCGGUGAGCACGUGCCCUGCGAUCCAACCCCCGGCGCUGCUGCUGCCGGCCACAAGUUCGAGGAUUAUCCGCCAGAGCUCGCAGCCGGAGUCGAGCGCAUGCGCGGCUCACUGUCACCACGGCCACCAUCACCCCAGCGCCUCGCUGCGUCAGCUCCGCGAACCAGGCGAUGGCAUCGCUGGAAUCGCUGCCGACUCGCUCCGAAUCAACGGCGGAAUGCGACCCUUCAAACAGGGGCUGCUACUCUGCCCACAAACACUGUCGCAGACUCGCCGUGCUCGGCUGCGGCGUGCGUUUACUGAGGCAACCGGAGACACUGUCACCUACGUUAGAACGGCCUGCUCAGGACCACGGAAUCAUGUUCAGCUGCGGAAGCCGGUGUCGACGCUGUCAAUUCCCGGCGCGAUGAAGUCGUACUCCGGGCGGGACGCGUCGACGGAGGAGGCGGGCGUCGCGCUCGUCGGCGUGCACAGCGAGUACCCGCGCUUUGGCGAGGAGCGCGCGCUCGGCGGCGGCACCUACAAGGGCGGGGGGGCGGCCAAACACAAACCCAAUAUAGGAUAUAGGUUAGGUAGAAGAAAGGCUUUAUUUGAAAAAAGAAAAAGGAUAAGUGACUACGCCUUAGUAAUGGGAAUGUUCGGUAUUAUAAUCAUGGUGAUAGAAAAUGAAUUAUCAAGUGCCGGUGUUUAUACGAAGGCAUCAAUUUAUUCACAAGCGUUAAAAACGCUAAUAUCAAUGUCAACUGUGAUUUUACUUGGCCUAAUAGUGGCUUAUCAUGCUUUAGAAGUACAAUUAUUUAUGAUAGAUAACUGCGCCGACGAUUGGCGGAUAGCGAUGACGUGGCAGAGAAUCGCGCAGAUUGCUCUCGAGCUGGCGAUAUGUGCUGUCCACCCCAUACCUGGUCAGUACACCUUCACGUGGACGACCAAGCUGGCCAACAAGGGAGGAGUAAUAGGGGUUGAAGUUGGCACAAUGUAUAAGCAAAUUCAGGUGCCAUAUGACGUCACGUUGUCACUUCCAAUGUUCUUUCGCCUUUAUCUCAUUUGCCGCGUGAUGCUUCUUCAUAGUAAACUAUUCACAGACGCCUCUUCAAGAAGUAUAGGAGCCUUAAACAGAAUCAACUUUAACACUAGGUUUGUUCUAAAAACCUUAAUGACUAUUUGCCCUGGUACCGUUUUGCUUGUUUUUAUGGUAUCUCUUUGGAUAAUCGCUAGCUGGACUCUCAGGCAGUGUGAAAGGUUUCACGAUGAAGAGCACGCAAAUCUACUCAAUGCGAUGUGGCUUAUUGCUAUAACAUUUCUCUCCGUUGGUUUUGGUGAUAUUGUACCAAACACGUAUUGCGGCAGAGGUAUCGCCGUUAGCACCGGUAUUAUGGGCGCUGGGUGUACAGCAUUAUUAGUGACUGUUGCGUCGAGAAAAUUAGAAUUAACUAGAGCGGAGAAACAUGUUCAUAACUUCAUGAUGGAAACCCAGCUCACGAAAAAGUUGAAAAACGCAGCAGCUAAUGUAUUGAGGGAAACGUGGUUAAUAUACAAACACACUCGGCUCGUGAAAAGGGUACAUCCUGGCCGGGUGAGGACACAUCAAAGGAAAUUCUUGUUGGCUAUUUAUGCAUUGCGAAAAGUGAAAAUGGACCAACGAAAGCUAAUGGACAAUGCCAAUACGAUAACAGAUAUGGCAAAGGACCCGUUCCUUUUACAGACGCAGAAUACGGUCUACGAGAUCGUAUCAGACAUGAGUACCAGACAGGAUACUAUAGAAGAACGACUGACUAGCUUAGAAGAAAAAUUAACUACAUUACAAGAGCAGGUAAAUAGUUUGCCUGACGUGAUGGCGAGGUGUAUGCAGCAAUGCUGGGAUCGAUCGGAACAGCGGAGGAACUUCCUACAUCCUGACACUGCAGCCGUGCCAACACCACCCGCCUCAAAUAUGUCUCCCUAUACAAGAACGUUAGUAUCAACGCAUCCGUGGCCGUCAGCGCCGACCGCGCGGGCGCACUCCGCGCCUGAGAGUGCAGCCUCCCCCUCCCCCGCUCCGCCCGCGGCCCCCGCGAGCCCUGCACCCCCCCGGCCCCUACCCAGCUGAGUACCGCCCUCCAACUCCGAACUCCUGUGCUGAACUCGACGGAACUCGGCCCCGCCUCUGGUCCCCUAGGCCAUCGGGGAAAUUGUUUCACGUUUCUUUCCCACUUUUCUGUUUGGAGUGAAACCUUCUGUAUUGUUGUGAGUUUUUGUCGUACGAAAACUGUCAGUAUAGCUUUGUGGCUUUAAAAUGGUUUGAAGCUUAAUACCAUCUAACCGUACCACAUUGAAUCAAUUAAGUCAACAAGUCGCAACGCAUUUUGAAGGUUUCACUCCUAUUGCGUGUGAUUUUCGCACAUGCUGUUUCUUACAUUGUGUUCAAUUGACAAUGGUGUUCAGAUAAGAGUCGUGUCAGUGAAAUAAUUAACCCGAUUCUAUCGCGAAGAGAGAGUCGGUCAGCCGUAGUAUACUUCGCUGUUCCCAAGUUUCGGAUGUGACAGACUGUACCUAGUGUUAUCGUAGAUAGUGAAAGAAUGCUGAAAUGGACUCGCAGACGUGAUUAAAAUGCUUUAUCGACAGACGCUUUAGCCAAUACUUUAGACGAUAUUUUUAAUACUUCGAGUACAUCAUUAUACCUAUCUUGUUCACGUUUUAUCCGGUACGAGGAACCAAACGAUAUUUUAUAACCUACCAUGUUUUUACUAACGUUUAUUGUAAAUACCACUUUAUUUUAACACAUCAAGGAAUUUAGGAAAUGUUGUGUGUUUUUCAUAGGUUCCUAGAAUAUGUAGAUAGAAAUAAACCAUAAUUAGAAAUAGCAAUACACUAGACACAGAGCAUAUGAACAGAUAUAGUUAUAAAAGCAUAUUAUAUGAAGCAUAGACACAAACUAUUAAAAGUUACUACCGCCAUAUGGAAUUUAUCAUUUGAAAAGUAUUGACAACAUUUAUUUUGAUUUCUCGAUAAGCUAUUGCAUACAGAUGUGGGCAUAAUGUAAGUUCAACUUAUUCGUAAUCCAUGCAUUUACCCAUAUUAUACUUAAAUAAUCAGUUUUCUUACAAUAAAUAUUGCUGACAAUGUUUUUUUUGUAGCUCUUCCUUGAUUUCAUUAUGAAUAGAUGUUUUUGAUAAUAAUUGGAAACUCCUUUGAUUAAUCAGGUUUUAUAUAAAUUCAAUUUGUUAUUUUUGGUCUACAGAAAACCCCGCUUCAAUCAUGUUUUGUAUAAUGGCAGCUUGGUAGCUUUCAGUUACACUAUUUUCAACAACAUUUCCUUCAGAUUGUUAGAAGAAAUUUUGUGAUACCUACGUUCUUUGAUUACCUAUACCUAAUUUACAAGCUGCGAUUAUUUAAACAUGUUUUAAUUGGUGCUAAAUGGUAAAGGGGCUUAGACCAAAGUUGUUUAUUUACUAAAUUUCAGCGCGGUAAAUGCAUCGGAAUCGUGCCCCUAGCUAGGUAAGAGACUGUUUUGUAAGAGGUUAGCACAUAUUCUGUAUACACACUAGGAUAAUAUAUUGUUACUACCUGCCUAUUGACACGUAGAUUAUAAACGUUUUUAAGACGUAGACUAAGUGAAGCUUCGUUGUAAGAUUUAAGAUUGAUGGCUGUCUAAAUAGUGCCUAAAACACUACGAAAUUUCGAUAUUUCUGUUUUAUUAUCUUAAACUUAAAUGUAAAUAGAUUUAGAUAAGUACGUAUUUAUAGAUUAGUUUGUUUUAGCUUUUACGCGUUAAGUAAUGGGAUCAAUUAAUUUCUUUUUCAAUUCUUGAAACCCAACAGUAGCGUUUUGAUAAGGCCCGUUUUAAAUUUUACAGACAAAAUUAUUCACAGAUGACGUAAUGUUUGUUAGAAAAAUAAUCCUGCAAUGAUUUAUUUACCUUCUGAUAUACAAAACCCAUCUAAUUU